UCCGUCCCUGGAGAGACACUUCAAGGGCCACAGAGAUGCCAUCACUAGCGUGGACUUCAGCCUCAAUAAGAAGCAAUUGGCAAGUGGCUCGAUGGAUUCAUGCCUGAUGAUCUGGAGUAUGAGACCACAGAUGAGAGCCUAUCGCUUUGUGGGCCACAAAGACGCGGUGAUGUGUGUUCAGUUUUCACCGUCUGGUCACCUGGUGGCUUCAGGCUCUAGAGACAAAACAGUCCGUUUAUGGGUUCCCAGUGUCAAAGGAGAAUCUACUGUGUUCAAGGCUCAUACGGCAACUGUAAGAAGUGUUCACUUCUCCAGCGAUGGCCAGUCCUUAGUUACAGCUUCUGAUGAUAAAACAGUCAAAGUGUGGACGGUUCACAGGCAGAAGUUCCUGUUCUCCCUCAGUCAACACAUAAACUGGGUUCGCUGUGCCAGAUUCUCUCCUGAUGGACGACUGAUAGUGUCAGCCAGCGAUGAUAAAACUGUCAAACUGUGGGAUAAAACCAGCAGAGAAUGUAUACACUCCUUCUGUGAGCACGGCGGGUUUGUGAAUCAUGUGGAUUUUCAUCCCAGUGGUACAUGCAUUGCUGCGGCUGGUACAGAUAACACAGUGAAGGUGUGGGACGUUAGGAUGAAUAGACUUCUUCAACAUUAUCAAGUGCACAGUGCUGUGGUAAACAGUCUUUCCUUUCACCCCUCUGGAAACUAUCUGGUUACUGCUUCCAAUGAUUCAACUCUUAAAAUUCUGGACUUGCUAGAAGGAAGACUUCUAUAUACUCUUCACGGUCACCAGGGGCCAGCUACCUGUGUAGCGUUUUCAAGAACUGGAGACCUGUUUGCCUCUGGAGGAUCUGAUGAACAGGUAAUGGUGUGGAAGACUAACUUUGAUGCAGCAGAUUAUGGUGAUGUACUGAAAACCCAGAAGUCUGGCACUAGUGUGGAUGGGACCCAUCAUACUCUG